GUCACUGAUCUCAUUGUCAUUGGCGAUACUGGCUAUACAGAGCAUGCGCUGUAGGAGUAAAUUUGUUUUAUACAAAAUUUGUCGCAAUUAUCAGUCUUAAUGAGGGAAAUGUAACACAUUACAAUUUACCACAAAUGAACCAUAAGGCGAUGGAGUAUUCGAAGAAUCAUGACGCAAUAAUAUUGGCUCAAAUAUGGAAUUAAGAAUGACCAAAUCUACUUCCAGUGCACAAUUUUUCAGUCAAAGACGAAGAUCCACUUGAAUUUAGUUGUCUUUCAGAAAGCAAGGCGUUCGUGACUUCGAGAGCAGUUUAUUUUACCAAAAAAAUGCCUGCCCAUGGACACACGAAUUCUCAACGACAUUGGUCGAAAAAUGUCAGGGAUGUCUGCUUGUCUCACGAUAGUUUGCAAUUGCAAAUAGCAGGUGGCGCAGAAAGCGGAGAAUUCCUUUAUAUCGCCGGUCCACCGAAGGAAAAAACACGUUACAAAAUUGGACGGUUUUCCAUCAACGAUAUUUUGAUAGAAGUAAACGAUGAAGUUGUGGCAGGUUUGACCCUGCGAGAUUUAAUGAAUCGCAUCAACUGCGCUGGAAAGAAAGUCAAUUUUAAAGUUGUUCAACCAGGAGGUGGAAUCACCAAAGAUUUGCGAGAUUUUUUGAGUCAAGAUUUUCCUAACACGAGCGAAGUGGAUCUUUAUUUGCAGGACGAAACAAGAGAAAAUUUGUACGCGAGGACGGUUCCUUAUACUACACGACCACCUCGAAGUGGCGAAGAACCAGGAAUUGACUACAUGUUUAUAAGCCGAGAAAAAUUUCUGGAAAUGCAAAAGCAUGGUGAUUUUCUAGAAAGUGGAAGCUACAAAGAUCAUUAUUAUGGAACGCCCAAGCCUCUACUUGGCCAUUCUGUGGUAAAAGACAAAUCAAAGCAGACGAUCAAAGAAGAGUACAAAACAGACAGUAAUUCAAGCGUCGUUGCUGAGAACGAAUGAAAUUGUCAUUUGCAGGACCAAUUAAAUCAAAAAGACAACAAUUGUUUAACUAUUCGGCAGACUAUGGGAAUUGGUUCAACUAUUGCUGUUGAAUGACUGGCAACGAAAUUUCAGUAAAAUUUUACAACGUUUUUUUACGUUGUCCAUGUUUAAAGAACUUGCGCAUUCAUUAUAAAACAUGUCAAUUAAAUUAUGCAUAAAAUGCGUCAUACAUGCAAGUUACUGAACAGAUCAACAUUUUAAUGUCAUUUAUGUUUGCGUUUUUUCUAUUAUGUAAUUUAUUUAUAUGAAUAGAAACAUUUUAUUUAGUUUCACGCUAGAGUACAUAAAAAUUGAUGUUAAUGUUGAAAAAUUACUGAUAAUGUCGUAUAUGGUUUCGCUUUGUGAGGAAAAGCUUUGAUUGGUGGAUAAUUAUUACAAAAAUAAAGUUAAAAUUGCAAAGACCAA